UMUUCUGCGCAGCCAGCCAGUCAAGAACUGUUUGAAAAUAGAUUAGGAAGCUAAGGAACCUUGCAGCCGAGCUCACUGCGAGCGCCAAUGGCACGGACAUGGCCAGCAACCAGUAUUCGCGGGCAAAGUGGCAUAGCAAAAAAAAGGUAAAUCGCAGCGCGCCAAUGCUCUGAGUUGGUUGUUUAUGAUGACGACGGCGGCGGCGGCGGCGGCGGCAGUGGCAGUAGUCUGAGUAGCCAGAGCGGCAGCGGUGGCGUGCACAUCAACGUUAACAAGUCUGGGCGAGUUCAUAGUGUAUAGUGAAUUUCGACUGCUCUGCGCGUACGGAUUGCAUUCCAUUAAAAACACUGUAGCGCUCGUGUAUUCUAAUUAUUAAAAUAAAAAUCGCAAAUAAUUUAAAUCUGAAUUUUUCGAAUAACGAAAUAAACUGUAUGUUCAUAUGGAAAAUAUUAUAAGAUCCCUUUGAAAUUUUGCACGUGGAACUGGGAGACAAUUUAUGUGGUGUUGUGCGCGCAACUUGUUACAUAGCUCGCAAGAGUGRCGACAAAAAAAGCGGUUUGACAAGACAAUUGAAUUUUUCCUAUGUUGCGACACAAUGGACCAGCUAUGAUGAACACAGCGAACAACAACAAACUCAAAGUAAUGAACACUAACGGUUGUGUUUCAACAUCCGGCAGCCCAAUGGAUGCAUUGCCCAAACAGUUUGUUGCUUCAAUGAAGACACUCUUCGACAUAUUGGACGACCAGCACACAGGCUUUGUAAGAUUUUUAGACAUCGAGAAAGGUUGGCAAGACGAUGGCUGCAAAGGAUUACCGCACGGUGUUAUUGACUCGCUGCGCAAAGUUACGCCUACAAGUGGCCUCUUGUCAUUUGAUCGUUUCUGCGCUGGUUUGAAAUUAUGUCUGUUACGCAAUCAAAGUACUGCCAUCAGCAAUGCAUCGUCAGGCGGAAACGAUGUGUCGACGCAUAAUAUGGUCUCACCAAUCAAACCGCCCCGACCGCCCUCUGCGCCACUUUUAGAUGUUGAUAGUACUGUGCAUAGCGCUACAGCCUGGGGUGGGAACGCCACAACUGUMGCUGUGCGUCCAAAUAAAAUUGUCACUUCACAUCGGGCACUCAGUUUACCACAGUUAAGUCCAGACUGCGAUUUGGAGGCGGAAAUAAUAAGCACUGAUAUUGGUGUUUACAAUUCACCGCCGCCACCACCGAAACCACCACGCGCAUCCGCUACUGCUCAGAUUGGWGUGCCAAGUUCGACAGUUACACCGCUGGAUAAGGCUGAGAUACGACAUGCUUUACAGAAUUGGCAAAUGGGUAUACUAUUGAACGAAAUGGGAACAAAUGAGAAACGUAGUUCUGGAUAUAUGUACAAUCAGUUCCCGUAUCGAGGUUGUGCCGAUGGCGGGUCCUCAUCGACAACUGAUAGUGUUACAGGGAAUGUAGGAACUCUACAUCCAAAAAAGAGCAAUUCAAAGCGAAGAGAACCCCGCCGCCAUACACUGCAGAAUGGCAUUGAMUACAAUAUGCUAAAACGCUUGAAACAAUUCGAGGAGGAACGCGAAGUUCUCUUAACGGGUUUGGAUGCUGUAGAGAAGGCACGUGACUGGUACCUCCAACAAGUAAACAAUGUCCAAGAAAAGAUUAAAUAUUUGGGACGAAUGGGGCACGUUGAGCAAUGGUCAGAAGUGCAACAAGAGCGAUUGGAAUUCCAACGCGCACGUGUGUAUGAAGUAAAUCGAAAUUUAACAGCUCUUGCUGAUUGCUGGGAACGCGGAGGAUUUCCCUUACACUUUAACCUCGCUAUUAGGCCAUCGGGUAAAGCACCGAGUCAGCGAAAUGUCAAUAGUGGCGGGUUAUUUCAACCAGUGGAUCGCCUGCGUCAACAAAAUCAUAGCCUUACUAAUGAGGUGAACUUAAAAAGUGACCGAAUUGCAUUGCUAGAGCGUGAAAAACAAUCACUUAUGAGGGAGUUGUACGAAUUGAGGCAAAGGGUUGGGUUAGUUGGAAGAGGUGCUGGAUUUGUUACUGUCCUAGGUCAAUCGUCUCCUUCGUCGUCUGGAGGGCUCGGAGAGGUGGAYGUCGUAUUUUAAUUUAAAUCAUAAUAUAAAUUUUUACCCUAAGAAUAUUUGAUUACAUAAAUAWAUAAACGGUCAUCUAUACACAAUGUACAUACACUCAACAUAAAAGGUACAUAUUUGUUUCAAACUUUAACAUGA